ACUCGCUAUGCAUUACCAACAUUUUUAUACAGUUUUAAUAGUCGAAUAUACGGAGAUACAGUAUAAAAAAGUCGUUCGUUUCGGUUGACGACCUUGGUUGACGAUUAAUUCUUCCAAGACAAGUCAAUAGGUUGCGUGCUGUGGCCUCGGCGUGACGUAACCGUGCCUUCGGAUUCACAGUGGCCGCGCGACUCAACCUGCGCGGGCGACGUACCGUAAACAAAUUCGAAUUACGAACUGUUUUAAAUCCCAGCCGUUUAAAAACCGAACUCCCAGUUUUAUAAAUUUAAUGUGUCAAAGACACACAAGUGAUUUGUAAACGAUGUGUUGUUAAAAUUGUAUGGAAUGCCAUAAUGGAUUAGAUUGUUUGUGUUCGCAACGGUGAUCAACCGGGAACUUGUUUACAUUUUAUGGAAUCACGAAUGGGGUCAAGAUGACAAGAAAGUUUCUCUUCUGUUUCCCCCUGCGACUGGGGAAUAUCAUAUUUGGUUAUAUUGUUAUUAUAGUUGCAAUAGCAGUGAUGGCAUUUAAUUUAUACAAGCUUGGACUUGGAAUUGUAUCUGAAAAAACUGAAAUCGACGAAAAAUUUCGAAAUUUCGAGAAUGUCGACAGUAUCUUUGGACAGAACAAAAAGGAUCUUAUAGCAUUGAUUGCUCUGGCGUACUACUCAAGUUACGUUGUUAUUGCGUUUCUUCUAUUUAUAUUUAGUGCUUUAUUUACAUGUGGAGCGUAUCGAGCAAACAGCUGUUUGAUAACGACGUUCUUCGGAUACAGCUUCGUACAUCUGUUCCUGUCCAUCGGUCUGCUGGUGUGGGAGGCGCUCACUGCUGGCUGGAUACAGCUCGGACUGAUUGUAGCCUCCGAUUUGCUCCUCGUAGUUUGCCUGUUCAGCGUCAAAUACCUGAUGGAAGCCAUCCGGACCGGACACAUGUACUGCCAACCCGGCGAGGUCUACUACAAGUACUAAUUAAAUAUUAUGAAAUUCAACACUUCAAAAAUAUAAUUUAUUAUACCCGUAACAAUCAGUUAAAAAAAUAAACGUGGCGGUGAAAAUCUGAGCUAGCAAUAACAGUCAGCCAUACGCCGACCUACGAUUAUAAACUUUUAUCGAUAUAAAGAUCUCUGACUGUGACUUUUGAGUGUAUCUAGUAUGUGUUGUUUAAUGAGACAACAAGAGUAUUACUAAAUUCACUCUACUAAACAGUACAAAUCGUCAUGAGUUUGUUAAAUAGUAAAAUAACCUGACUAAAAUAACAAUGUGACAUGACGAUUACUAUCUUUAUCAAACUACUUAUUUAUCUGCAGUUACUUAUUAUUUAAUAUACUUACCUAAAGAAAGUUCAAAUCUUGGUAAUUUAUCAAAAAUUCUAUUUUUGAUUCUGAGUAGUUCAAUUCGUGUUGAUAUUGAAGGUUAUGUGAUUUGCUUAAGUCUAUUAUAAAUAUAUUUUUGCUUAGAUUGUCUAAGAUAUAUAGAAAAUUAUAAUUAAGAAUUAUUUAAAUAUUUUGCAUUCUACGCACAUGUUAAAUAAGAUAAAAUAAAAAUACUUCAAACA